UUUUUUUACAGCGAAACAACUGAAUAUCCAUGGCGGCACAGUGGCGUUAGCCUCACAGUUCUGAGGUCCUGCGUUCAAUCCCGGCCCCGCCUGUGUGGAGUUUGCAUGUUCUCCCCGUGCCUGCGUGGGUUUCCUCCGUGCACUCCGGUUUCCUCCCACAUCCCAAAAAACAUGCAACAUUAAUUGGACACUCUAAAUUGCCCCAAGAUGUCAUUCUGAGUGCGACUGUUUGUCUCAAUGUGGCCUGCUAUUGGCUGGAAACCAGUUCAGGGUGUACCCCGCCUCCUGCCCGAUGACAGCUGGGGAAUAGGCUCCGGCACUCCUUGCGACCCGUGUAAGGAUAAGUGGCUAAAAAAAUGGAUGGAUGGAUGGAUGGAUGGAUAAAAAUAUGUGGUUGUGAGUGCUUGGAUAUUGUCUGUUUACGUGUGUUCCUCCAACUUUUGUGUUCAAAUAUCCCUUCUGUGUUAUCCCAUGAAUGGUAUUUUCUAUAUCGGGGGAUUCUUUUUUUUUCUUUUGACUUCAUUUUUUUACUGCAAAACUGAAUAUCCAUCCAUCCAUUUUCUGACUCGCUUAUCCUCACAAGGGUCGCAGGAGUGCUCCGAGCAUAUCCCAGUUAUCAAAUUGCCCCGAGGUGUGAUUGGGAGUGCGACUGUUUGUCUCGAUGUGCCCUGCGAUUGCCUGGCAACCAGUUCAGGGUGUACCCCGCCUCCUCCCUGCUGGGAUAGGCUCCAGAACUACCCCGCGACCCUUGUGAGGAUAAGUGGCUAAGAAAAUGGAUGGAUGGAUGGAUAUAUUUUUCAGGCUUUUGGUUAAUCUUCUUCCAGACUCAUUCAUAUUAACCAAUUUUUUUUCUCAUUGACUAUUUCUUGGGGGGAGGGGACAUUUUUUUGACCUACGGUUUUUGGCGGUGCUUAUCCUCGCAGCGACAACAGAUAAUCUGGCCCCCCCCCCAUCUUUUUUUUUUUUACCUUCUGUGCUUGCACAAACAAAAAUAAGGUGCCGACCGAGUUUUGACAUGCAGGUAAGCAUCCGCUUUCACCCUAAUGGACUCGGGAAGUGCUUCUUGUUACUGACAACAACAAAGUGGAGGAGGCCUUUCCGUGUGCGCCCAUCACGGGUGGGGGUGUGGUUGCGUGGGGGGAGGGGUCCUUUAAACUUGCCCUUUUGUUUGCAGACGCAGCAUCAGCACAACUGCUUGCUCAGGAUGAUUAAUAUACUUUCACCUUGACGGCAACACAAACGCGAUAGCAAAGUCGUUCACGCCGCUGGGGGUGUCAAAAGUCUCGGGACGCCUACACGAAGGGAAAGUGCUAGAACGUAGCGCAGCGGUCCAGCGCAGCCAGGUGACCUCCAUGCCCGUCUUCCCGGCGAGUGCCGAAGCGCGGCUGCAGUCGGCGCGGCGGCAGCGGCGGCGGCGUUAGCGGUACCGCCGGGUGGUGGUGGAAGAUGAGCAAAGUGAACUUCCACAACAACAAAGCCAUGCAGGACCGCCGCUGCGUCUGUGUCUUUUUGCCCAACGACGACACGCUCAACAUCAUCGUUAAUGUGAAGACCCUGUGCCAGGAGCUGUUGGUCCAGGUGUGUGACCUCCUGAGGUUGAAGGACUGCCACCUGUUCGGACUCAGCGUCAUUCAGAAUAAUGAACACAUCUACAUGGAGCUGGAUCAGAAAUUGUCCAAGUACUGUCCCAAGGAAUGGAAACGAGAAGCCAGCAAGGGCAUCGACCAGUUCGGCCCUCCGAUGAUAAUCCACUUCCGAGCUCAGUAUUACGUGGAGAACGGACGCUUGAUCAGCGACCGCGCUGCCCGGUACUACUACUACUGGCACCUGAGGAAACAGGUGCUGCUCUCGCAGUGCAUCCAGCGGGAGGAGGCCUACUUCCUGCUGGCGGCCUUCGCCCUGCAGGCCGACCUGGGCAACUUCAAACGGAACAAGCACUUCGGCAAAUACUUCGAACCCGAGGCUUACUUCCCCCCCUGGGUGAUCGCCAAGCGCGGCCGAGACUACAUCCUGCGGCACAUCCCCAACAUGCACAAGGACCAGUUCGCCCUCACGGCCUCCGAGGCGCACCUCAAGUACAUCAAGGAGUGCGCGCAGCUCGACGACGUCACCGUCCAUUACUACAGACUCUACAAGGACAAGAAGGAAGUGGAGGCAUCGCUUACUUUGGGACUGACUUUACGUGGGAUUCAAAUAUUCCAGAACAUCGGCUCGGUGAGGCAGCUUUUGUACGACUUCCCGUGGACCAACGUGGGGAAGCUGGUCUUCGUGGGAAAGAAGUUCGAGAUCCUCCCCGACGGGCUGCCCUCGGCCCGCAAGCUCAUCUACUACACCGGGUGCCCCGUGCGCUCCCGCCACCUCCUGCAGCUGCUCAGCAACAGCCACCGACUCUACAUGAACCUGCAGCCCGUCCUCAAGCAGGUCCGCCGGCUGGAGGAACACGAAGAGAAAAAACAGUACCGCGAGUCGUACAUCAGCGACGCUCUGGACCUGGACAUGGACCACCUGGACAAGCGCUCGCGGGCCAGCGGCAGCAGCGCCGGCAGCGUCUCCCGCCACAAGCGUCUGUCGCGCCACUCCACCGCCAGCCACGGCAGCUCGCACACGUCGGGCAUCGAGGCGGACAGCUUCCGCGCCCCCCACCCGGCCCCCCACGGACCCCUGAGGACUUGCGGCUCCUCCACCGCCAGCCACGGCAGCUCGCACACGUCCGGCGUGGAAAGCGGCGGCAAAGAGCGCGUCCUGGACGACGACGAGAUCGAGAUGCUGGUAGACGACCCCAAAGACUACGAGGAGCUGAGCGAGACGGCCUUGGACCAGGAGCUGUGCAUCCACAUCACCGAGGACAUGUUGACCAUGUCUCCCGAUCACAACAACGGAUUCUCGGGUCUCAUCGUGAAGGACGUCAGCUCGUCCACGUCCAGCUCCUCGGAGACGGUUGUCAAGAUGAGAGGACAAAGCAUCGAGUCCCUCCCGCAGACGUCGACGUGCAGGAAGCCGCCGUCGUCCAGCGAUCGCCACAGCCAGUCGCUGGACGACGUGCGCCUGUACCAGAAGGACUGCCUGCAGUGGGCCGAGCUGUGCCAGGACACGGCGCACAGCUACACUUUCGGGUGCGCCCAGGAGCUGAGCGACGGGGGCGGCGGCGGCGGAGGAGGAGGAGCCUACCAGGGCCUGGCCGACCAGUGCGCCGGGAUCAAGAGAACCAGCAAGUACUUCUCCCUGGACCUCACCAGCGACGACGUGCCCGAGUUUGUGGUGUGAGGAGCUCCUUUUUUUUUUUUUUUUUUUUUUUUUUUUGAAUUCAUUUUUUUUAAAUAAUCAAUACAGAGGAACGCUAAAGGGACUGCAAAAAGACUCAAAUGCGGCGCUAGCAACCAAAGACCUGCAAAGAUGGACGCUUUUGCCGCCUCUCGACAGGAAGCGCGAGCGUGCCCAAACACGCCGCGCCGUCCAGACGUGCCUUCGAGACAAUCGCCGCCGCCAUUUUCACCUCGCUCGCCAUCAUUUGACACGGUUCUCUUUCGAUUUUGCGCGACGUCCACUUCAGCUCGUUCGGUGCCUUUUUUUGAGCUCGCGGUUUUAAGCGCCACUCGGCGCCGUUUAAGCGUUCCCCGUUCUGCUUGGAGAUCACUCGGUCCGGUUUUAUCCCUGCGCGGCACCGCUGAAAGCAUACUGAGCAAGUUCUGAAGCCGGCACGGCGCCAUUUUAGACCUAGUCUGGACUGUUGUCAAACUCGAGGCCCGGGGGCCAGAUCUGGUCCGCCGCAUGAUUUUAUGUGGCCCGCAAAGCCAAAUCUAGAGUUUCCAUUUCUUGUAAAAAAUCUGCAAAAUUUCAAUUUGUCAUAUAUCAUCGACAACCAAGUUGAUAUGUUACAAGCACAAAACCCGGACUACAACGUGGCCCCCCAGAAAAAUGAAAUUUGACACCCCUGCCAUGUUGAGCUUCACUCGGCACGGUUCCGAGAUUUUUUUUUUCGACCUUGCACCUUUCAAAACUUGCUAAUUGCCAACUCAAGGUCAUUUGGUUCUGUUUGGACCCUGUCCGAUAUUAUUUUCAAGCCUACUCUGCACCGUUUUGGGCUCACUCGGCACUGUUGCAAGUCUACGCGGCACCCUUUUAAACCGACUCCGGACCGCUCAUUCGGAGCGGACCCGGCGGCGUUUACGCUCGCUCAGAACCGUUUGAAGCCUACGCGGUGCCGCGCCGGUCGGAGCCGGCUAGCUUUUAAACUAGACUUUGUUGCUUCUUCACAUCAACUGACCGAAAAUAUGUUAUUUUUUUAUUCAGUAUUACAGGCAAGAAUACGGAAACGUGACAGUAUUAUGCACGUCGGAGCUUUUAUUUUCCACAUUCGCGCCUUCAAAGGAGACUUUGUGCGUUAUUUAUCGCCGGUUCCAACAGGUCCAGUUCUAUGGUGUGCUUUUGUCAAAAGGUUUACCCGUUAGAGCAUAUGUUUCAAUUUCUGUAGCAUACGUUAGCCUUUUUCGAAGGGGGCGGGGUUUCUAUAACGCGCAUAUUAGUAUUAUGAAGUUCUGGACUCAAGCCUCAAGAAGAGAGAGUAAAUACACGGGUUGUAUUUUCACUCGCGCGGGCAGAACUUCGUCACCAAGCUGCCCACGCGUGUCACAGCUAGCGUAGCCGAUCCGUGUCUGCGGCGCAUGCAGCGGACCCGUCGCCAAACACAAAUACGCCUCGUCAUUAAUUCCGCCGGGCAUUCUUAGUGUGGGCUGUUUGGUCAACGCCCGUAAAACAACCCCUGCAGCUCUGCCUACCUUUCAGCUUUGACCUUUCCAUGUAGUUCGCUUGGGAUUUAGCCAGCUUGUGAUGUCACGAGACACAUUUUCAGAAAUAUAAACAAAAGAGCAAAUUGUAUGAUUUCACAUGUGAUGGGUGGCAUGGGCGGCACGGUGGGGCACCUGGUAAAACGUCGGCCUCGCACUUCUGAGGACUCGGGUUCCAUCCUGCCUGAGUGGAGUUUGCGUGUCCGGUUUCCUCCCACAUCCCCAAAAACAACAUCCCUCUAAAUUGCCCAUAGGUGUGAUUGUGAGUGCGGCUGUUUUGUCUCCAUGUGCCCUGCGAUUGACUGGCGACCAGUUCAGGGUGUGCCCCCGCCUCCCGCUGUGCCUGUUGGCAGCUGGAAUAGGCUCCAGCAUUCCCCGCGACCCUCGUGAGGAUAAGCGGCAAAAGAAAAUGGAUGGAUGAAUGGGUGCCACGCACUCUAGAGAUCCAACUAUUUGGAUACAAGCCUCGUAGAAGUCACUUUGUCUACUUUUGAGCUCAGUUGGUGACAUGUCGUCAUAUCUGUGUGGGUAUAUAUAUAUAUUAAAAAAAUUGUGAAUUUUGACUCAACAUUUUGACGUCUUCCAAAAAGCUUCUAAGGUCUUACUGGGUGGGAAACAAAAACGCAAAGGAACAUUUUGGACGUUUUAUUUGCUCUGUGUAGCCCCGGAGUCUUUGUAAAUGCAAAACCACUCCUUUGUCAUUUUACAGUAAAUAUGAAAAAAAAAAAAUAUGUGCAGACGGAUUAGAAAAGCAGUCGACAUGCAGCUCACUCUGCUUUAAUUGUGCUAUUUUUUCCUACACUGCAACAUCCGAAUAUGUUUAUUUUUUAAUUCAUAUCUAUAUUUCUUACAGGUUGUUUAUGUCCUAUUUUAACAGACAAAGACAUUUCUUAUAUCAUGAUUAAGGUACACAGCCAUAUAAAAAAAAAGUUGCUUUUGCAAGAGUCUCAUUUAUGUCUCUUAUGCUGUCCUUUCUGUGAAAGGAUUUAUCUUCCUUCAGGAAAAAAAAAAAACUUUUUUUUGUCAACUUGUAGCUUUAAAAAAAAAACAACAACAAAUACAUUUUUCAUUGUUAAUAUGAAGUCCGGCCUGUGUGCCUUUUUGGUACUAACGCCUUCAAUAUCCUAUUAAAAGGUACAUUUA